CCUGCCCUCCCCAAAAGGAAGAAUUCAAACUUCCAAGCCCAAAAAAGAAAAGGAAAAAAGGAAAGCAGUGAAGGCCGCCCCUGCGCUGCGCCGACCACGCGGAUAUAUCCAGCCCGCCCCCGCCCACGGGAAACUGCCGCUCGCCGUCUCCAGCAAUCAACCACCACCACCAGCAAAAGCCCGGCGCGGCGGCGUCUCUUCCUUUCCUUCCCCGCUCGCCAUCCGCCAUCGCCGUCCCUCAUCGGGGUUGCUGAUGCGCAGGCGAAAUCCAUGUGGUUCUGCGGGUCGUCGCCGAUAACGUGGGGCCAACAAGAGGAAGAGGAAGAGGAUCGUGACGAGCAUGACAGUACCCAGUCGACGCCCACAGUGUGGGACGAAAAUGAACAGGCUGAUGACGAGCAUGACGCCAGAUCGCCGCCGACAAUGUGGGACGAAGAGGAAAAGGAUGAUGACGAGCAUGACACCCAACCGCCACCGACGAUGUGGGGCGAAAAUGAAGAGUCUGAUGACCAGUAUGACACCGAAUCGCCGCCGACAACUUGGGACGAAACUGAAGAGGCUGAUGACGAGUAUGACACCCAAUCGCCGCCAACAAUGUGGGGCGAAAAUGAAGAGACUGAUGACGAGCAUGGGCACGAUGACGACGAUGUUCCCUCCGGGAGUUCCGAGGAAGGGGAGCCCAAGUUCAUAGAAGACAAGUACAGGUACAGCACGGUGGAUGAGGUCAUUACUGUACUGAGAGAAGCUGGGCUUGGAUCAUCAAAUCUUAUUUUUGGCAUUGACUUCACCAAGAGCAACGAUUGGUCAGGUAAGCAUUCCUUCGGAGGAGAAUCUCUGCAUGCCAUCAGUCGCACCCCAAAUCCUUAUGAGCAAGCCAUUUCUAUUAUUGGGCGAACACUAUCACCUUUUGAUGAUGAUAACUUGAUACCAUGCUUUGGAUUUGGUGAUGUUUCUACAUGUGAUCAUUCCGUCUUCAACUUUUACGAAGAAGACCGUCCUUGUCGUGGUUUUGAGGAGGUUCUUGAUAGAUACAAACAAAUGAUUCCAUAUUUGGACUUUUCAGGACCAACUUCUUUUGCACCCCUUAUCUACGCGGCGAUUUCAGUCGUCGAAAGGAGUAACUUCCAAUACCAUGUCCUCGUCAUCAUAGCUGAUGGACAGGCGGCCACCUCAAAGUCUUACAGCAUCUUAAGUCCACAAGAAGAGGAAACUAUACAAGCACUUGUUGAUGCUAGCUUCUAUCCUCUUUCAAUUGUGAUGGUGGGAGUGGGCGAUGGACCAUGGGAUGAAAUGAAGCAUGUUGAUGACUGUAUUCCUGACAGGGCUUUUCACAAUUUCCAGUUUGUGAACUUUACUGACAUCAUGUCAACGAGCAAGGAUAUGGAGAAGAAGGAGGCUGCAUUGGCCUUUGCAGCUCUGAUGGAAAUACCCGCUCAAUACAAAGCGACCCAAUGCCUCCAACCUCCAGAGUGGCACGAAGAAAUGGCUGACCCUUGGAUGAUCCUUCCGCCACCAAUUGAAGUCCUUGAACGUGAUUAUGCUGUUGCAGUUUCCCAUUUUCCAGCCGCACCCGCCCUGUCUACCGGCAUUGGCAAGGACAGUUCGGAUGAACAGGUAUGCCCCAUCUGCUUAAUGAAUCCAAAGGACAUGGCUUUCCAAUGUGGUCAUCUGCUAAGUCUCCCUAGCGCGGCAUUAACCGGCGUUGGCAAGGGCACUUCGGAUGAACAGUUAUGCCCCAUCUGCUUAACGAAUCCAAAGGACAUGGCUUUCCAAUGUGGUCAUCUGACAUGCAAGGAGUGUGGUCCGACGCUAUCGACCUGCCACCUGUGCCGCGCACCGAUCACCGUGCGCCUGAGGCUCUUCUCGUGAAGAUGACGUGGCCCUCUGUAGCGGAGUACCGAAUCGGCCGUUCCAUCCAACUCGGUGUCAGUAGUAAUGAAGGAGCAAGAGGUUGGAAAGACAAUCCGGUCAAAAAAAAAAAGGUUGAAAAGACAAAGAUACAUGAAUAGAACUUUACUUUAUAUGUCCAGAACCAACUGCAUUUCAGACUUCCAGUGACCUGUUGAUUGCACAGUUUAUUACUGUCGUCAUGCACAAAGUAGCAGUGGUAGGAAACUGUGUUUCCUUUUUCUGGUAAAACCUGAAUGGAAUAUCAGCUAUUGUGUUACAGUAUGA